CCUUUGCUUCCAUUUUUUCUCAUCAGGUUUUCUUGUUUCUGCGAGGCUUAACAAACCUCGCAGAACAGAAGAAAACUCAUUUUCCUUCACAAAAACUCUUCAUUUUGCUCUCUUUCUCAGUUUUUUCCAAUAUUGUAGCAACCCUUUUAUCUCAAGUUACUAAAAACCUUUAGUGCAUCUCACAUAUUUGAUUUUUUGUUUGUGAAGUUUAAGAAAUGGAGGUACACUCUCCGGUUAUUGCCAAGAAGCUGUGGAAUGUGCUGAGGAUCACCUUCUUCAUGAUCAGAAAGGGUUUGGUCUCAAAGAGGAAGCUGAUUAUGGACAUGAAUUUGAUGAUGAAAAAAGGGAAACUGCUCAGAAAAUCUAUGAGAAACUUCAUGUCAUCUCAUCAUAAUCAUCAUCAUUUCUCAAAGAGUUUGGUACGUGGCUACGGCAUACAGGAGUAUGAAUUCUCUUGCAGCAACAGUCCAAAUCCUGUUUUUUUCCAUGUGCCAAAGAGGAAGCACCAUUUCAACUUCCCUUGCAUCAACACCCCAGAUGUUGUUGAAGAACCUAAGCCUGUGAUGUUGGUGCCUAUGACACCUGAAUACACUUUCAACCUUAGGUUUGAUGCAUCUGAUUUUACUCCUGGAGAGAGGAAGAGCCCUCUACUCUCACCCUUCUCUGUGAGGAUAUCCAACUACUCAUCUGAGGAUGAGAAUGAAGAGGGGGCAAAUCAAGUUGAUGAUGAGGCUGAGGAUUUCAUCAGAAGGUUCUAUGAACAGCUACGAAUGCAAAGCCGCAUGCAGUUGCUUCAGUACCAAGAGAUGUAACUUGAAAGAACAAGCAUAACUGUGUUGCUCCUCAACUUGAUGCUCAUCAACAAGUUUAGCUUAGCCAAAUCUGGAAAUAUGUGAUUUCUUCUUGUUGAUCUUUCCAAAUAGACCGGUGUUAGACAUCACUGUGAUCUUUCUUAUCUCAACUAUGUCGACAGUCCAAAGUUGAUCUAUCAUUUUAUAAUGUCUCUUGAUCUUUCACCUUUCAUUGUUCUCAUCAGGGGAAUUUGGCUGUUCUGUUUGUGCUCCUUGAACUAUAUUUGAUCCUCUCUGUAAAGCUUUUGAGCAUUGGAUAUACUUUCAUCUUGUGAUUCUAUUGGUCUUCAUGUUUUCCUGGUAACAUAUUAUUCAGCAUAUUCAUGGUGUGUGGUGUGUAAUAAAAAGAUAUGCAGAAGGUUGUUCUGUACCUUUCUCCAUUCUGCUUUGGUGUUACAUCAUUUGUAGGUGUGGUGGUGGACCUGGUGAUGGACCCUUUGGAAUAAUAUUGCUUUUGCCUUUCUUA